CCUCCGGUGCCCCGUAUCCGACAUCGUAGUGAGUCCCGACAGAAAUAACGUCGUCGCUCGGCGUCUUGGCGAAGGAGAGACGGGUCGGAGGGGCGACACGGCGGGUCAGAUGUCGCCGGUGUGACGCGCAGUAGACCACCAGCUCGUGUGCCGUCGGCGCCGCGACCCGCGCCCGGUGUCCGUGUGAUGAGGGAUCCGUGUUGAGCGAGCAUGGCCACCGAGAACCGAGCCCAUUUCUGGAGGAGGAACGCGAAGGUCCCCGGCACUAUACAGCCAGUCUAUGGAGCGCAGCACCCGCCCCUCGACCCCCGACUGCGACGCACGUUCCCCAAAGAUGGCCUGAAACCCAAAUUAAAUAAUCUGAAGUCUAAGAAGGCGUCGAGUUUCCACGAGUUUGCCUGUAGCACCAAUGAUGCCUGGGACAUUGAUGAUGAGGAGGAUGAGGACUUCCUCGGGGCUCCUGUCUACCCUUUACCACUGUUGUCAGGCCUACAGCCAUCAUCCACGCACCACCAGUCCUUUCAGCAGCUGCCCCACCAAGCCGAUCAUCCAGAGACAGAGGUGGCAGACAGAGAGGCAACUCCCCGGGCAGAGAGUCACAACCUGCAGGAGCUUCCUGAGGAAGCGGAGCGUGGACAGGUCAACGGGAGGGUGGUCAAGUCGAACAGCGAGGCCCACUUGAACGCAUCCUCAGUCCGCUCCACGCUGCAGAAGCAUCAGUCUCUCCCAGUGCGGCCAAUUAUCCCACUGGUUGCCCGCAUCUCGGACCAGAACGCCUCGGGGGCACCACCCAUGACGGUGCGGGAGAAGACCCGACUAGACAAAUUCAAACAGCUGCUGGCCAAUUCCAACACUGAUCUAGAGGAGCUCCGCAAGCACAGCUGGUCAGGCAUACCGAGGGAAGUCCGGCCGGUCACGUGGAGACUUCUCUCUGGUUACCUGCCCGCCAACAUGGAGCGCCGAGAGCUGGUGCUGAAGAGGAAGAGGGACGAGUACUUCGGCUUCAUAGAGCAGUAUUACCACUCCAGAACAGACGAGCACUACAGAGACACGUACAGACAGAUCCACAUUGACAUUCCAAGGACCAACCCACUAAUUCCUCUGUUCCAGCAGCCAGCAGUACAGGAGGUGUUUGAGCGCAUCUUGUUCAUCUGGGCAAUCCGUCAUCCGGCCAGUGGUUACGUCCAAGGGAUUAAUGACCUGGUCACACCCUUCUUUGUCGUCUUCCUCACCGAGUUUGUCAAGGAGGACGUGGAGAACUUUGAGCUGACAGCCCUCCCACUGGACACACAGAGAAACAUUGAAGCAGACAGUUUCUGGUGUAUGAGCAAGCUUCUGGAUGGAAUACAGGACAACUACACCUUUGCCCAACCUGGGAUCCAGAACAAAGUGAAAGCUUUGGAGGAGUUGGUCAGUAGAAUAGAUGAGGACAUCCACGGUCAUCUAAAGAGGUACGAUGUGGAGUACCUGCAGUUUGCCUUCCGCUGGAUGAACAACCUGCUGAUGAGGGAGCUACCUCUUCGCUGUACCAUCCGACUCUGGGACACCUACCAGGCUGAAUCAGAGGGCUUCUCCCACUUCCACCUGUACGUCUGUGCUGCUUUCCUCAUUGAGUGGCGCAAAGAGAUCCUCUCUAUGGUCGACUUUCAGGGCCUUCUUAUGCUACUUCAGAACCUUCCCACAAUCCACUGGGGUAACGAGGAAGUGGGUCUUCUCCUGGCUGAGGCCUACAGACUGAAGUACAUGUUCGCCGAUGCACCCAGUCACUACAAGAGAUAGAGCCGGAGCUUCCCCUGGACGGACGCCCUCCCUCUCCUUCCGACCGGGUUGUGUUGGAGCGGACCUGGUGUAUGUGACGCUCUUCACGCAGAGCUCCGAGCUCUCCAGGGCCACUUGGAAGAGACUGACCGAGUAGCACAAAGAUAGCGUACAGUACUCACACUGAAGGGUUAAGAUGUUUUGCACCUCCUCGGUUUCCUUUCAGGUAUUCCUUCAGGGCACCUGUAGCACAUUAUCUCAGAGUCUUCGGAUAAAUAAACAGAUUAUUAGCCUAUUCAAAUAUAAAAGUCGUUGAAUAUCACCUUGGAUUUGGGAUCAGAGUGCACCCGUACCGGUCAGUGAAGAUGUGACUUAUUUAUUUGGCAGUCUAUUUACAGUUACAGUAUCAUCGCCGUACACAUGGGCUCUCGGUUUACUCAUUUUUCUUAAAUCCAUACAGCGUUGAUUGUGUCACAGGUUAACUGUACAACACGAUGUAUAUAAAAUGUAAACAGGAUGGUGAAUAUUUGUCAGAUCAUCCUUUUAGUGAGAGAUGGUAUCCAGAGAUUAUAUUUUUCACAGAGUUGUUUUAAUGACUGGUUUAGCUAAAGAAAAUAUAGGGGUUUUUUAGAAAAAAAGCCCCCCCCCAUAUGUUUUUUCCCCCCUUUCUUCAGAUCCAGAAUUACUUGUAUUCCACUUCAACAUUACCAACCCUACUUAAAACAGUCUUUCUCAGUUUGGACCACGGGUGUGUGUGGGUACUGGACCAGAACCAAAAGGCCUCGUUGAUAGCUGACAUGGAUCAGAGCUGGUGAGCUUCUGAAGCCUUCCGGUAAAUUUGGAGUUUGUGACCUUAAAUGUAUCACCGUGGAAGGGUUGAUCUUGCAGAACAGGUCUUGUUGUUCUUACUGAAGGCUCAGAUGAUUGCUGGACCUGAGCUGAGAGUAGUUUAAAAGAAAAAAGCAGGGGAAUCUAGGAAGCAUGCAUUUGUUCUCUGGGGUCAAACAUUGUCAUACGCGACCUACUGCUAAAACCGAAACAUCUGCAGUUAUAAGAAUUACUGCAAAAAAAUACAUUAUGGGAUGAGCCCAUCAACUACAUAAAACAGAGCGCUGUCAGUGAAAAUGGUAUGAGGGGAUUUGACCAAGAACUAGUUCAUGUGUCGCGCUCGCCACUGUAAAUCACGUCCCCAUGGUACUUGCAGUGUCUUGUUUUUGCUAAUAUUUGCGUGACUGCUACCACAAAAACAAAACUGUGCUCUCAGGCCAAAGAACUGUUUGCAUAGCGCAGGAAAAUACCCCGUCUUCUGCUUUCUUUCUUUUUUUUCUUUUUUUUUUUUUUAUGAGCACACUUCACGGGAUGAAGUGUCCCCAGAAUAAGAAAACCAAUAUGAGACCGGUUUGUCUCCUGAGCGGUAUGGAAGUUCAUGUGGUCCCUAGGCGGUACUCUGCCGAAACGGUGUGACUUGCCAGCAGAGAUGUGAGUUGCAUCAUGCCUCCGCUUGCAGCGCCUGUCAGAGGUGGGUGUGUGGUGCCCUGCAGGGGAAGACGCAUGCUGCCGUUGGCUCCAUUGCAGCUGCAGGCUGCAACCACUCCGUAACUCGGCAGAAGAAGUGCCGUGUGGCAGCUGAGGCUCACUUUUUAUAAAAGGGGAGGAGUAAAUGAGUGUCAGUUUGCCUGCAGGUCAUGAUGUGUCGGUAGGUCAGGGGGCACAAGUCGGUGAACUCCGUUCAGCUCUGCUGUGUCUGAGGCCCUGAAACACAAGCCUGAGCGCCAUGCAGGUACGGCGGGCAGAUGACUCUCGCUGCCUCGGUGUGAAUGAGCAGAAGUGAUGGGAACCUCUUGUGUUGUCUUGGACCCCCCAAAUGUGUUUGCACUAGAAAUAAUCAAUCAGUUGCAGUGGGUCUCUUAUUAGAUUGUUUGAGUACCAACAACAUCUGUUGUGUAUGACACUAGUUUAUUUUUAGAACGGUGUAAAAACCUGUGUGUUAGAAAUGUUGGUAAUAUUAAGUUCAAAAUUGGGUUUUUAACAGUUCACCAGACUUGCUAUUCCCUUAAAUAGUUAAGUUCUAGAGACUUUACCAAGCUAACUGUUUUGUACUUAAAAUUUUGAAAAUAUUAGUCUUGCCUCAUGUUUCUACUUGUAGAGAAAUAAAUUGAGGCAACUCGUUGCAAUACAAAUAAUUGAACAUAACCUAGCACCUACUGUUCACUGUAAGCGAUAGCAUAUACAGAACCAGUAGUUACACGAUUCUCAACUGCAAAAUAAGCCAUCUGUGUUUUGAAUAAUGGUAAGUUAUUGCUGUGAUUAAAAACUAGAGAUCAUUAAAUGAAACUUGGUAUUGAACUCCAUCAGUCCUCCCUGCUGGAGACGGUCCAGGGGACGCUGUGCAGCUGUUUCUCGCACGGAUGAUGAUGGCAAUGAUGCCUUUGUUCCGAGCAUUUAUAAAGUACUGUUGUCUCUGACUGUACAAUCUGACACGGACGUGUCUGCUGUUACUACUGCUUGUAUUGUUGUACAUCAUAUUUCAUUCAUUUUGAGUUUUGGUUGUUCUUGUGACUUUACCUUCUGUGUGAUGUGAUCCGGGAACUGAAUUUCUGGGGUUUUGAUCUUUCUUUCUUUUUUUUUUAUUGCAAGUGAACAUGUGUAUUAAUACAUCAUCUAUCCUCAGUACCAGUGAUAAUUAUUUGUACGCUGUGUGUGAACGAUAUGACAAUCAUUCGUCUACAAUACUUUUGAUUUUUUUUUUUUACAGAUUUGCAUUGACAUUUUUUGCUUUCAUUGUUUGGUCUUUAUCGCAAAAUGGCUUUCAGUAAUGUAAAUAUGUAAUUCUUGUUGGAAUGUAUUGAAAUUGGACAUAAUGUCUGAUUGAACAGGUUGCUGAGGGCACUGGAUAACUCACUGACGUCCAAGUCAUUGUUGGCCUCAAAAUCAAACGGUUUUUCUUAAAAUUAUUAAUAGUAAAAUAAGUAGUAAAAUCAAUAAAUAGUAAAAUAUAAAUAAUAAUAAAAAUAGUAAAUAUUUAAAUAUAUUUAAAUAUAUAAUUAUAUAUAAAUCUAUGUAAAUAAUUAUAGUAAGAAACUAAAUCAAUAAAUACUCAAAUCAGUAGUAAUUAUUAAUAGUAAAAGGUUGUUUUUG